AUGUCCUCAAUCACUACUGCUGAUCUCGCAAAUUUGAACGAUUCCUCAAAGAAAGAAAUUGCUACUUACUUGGAGGCAGAAAAUUCCAAACAAAAGGUCCAGAUGUCUAUACAUCAAUUCACCAACACUUGCUUCAAAGAAUGUAUCCAAUCGACAAACAACACUGAUCUUUCAUCUCAGGAGGAGCAAUGUUUGGGUAAUUGCGUGAACAGAUUUCUGGAUACCAACAUUAGAAUCGUGAAAGGUUUGCAAAGUCUCCAAUAA